UGUCACCACAACGGCGCUAUGAAAUGAAAGUUUCAGUGGCAACAGCUGCAGGUGAAGGUGUGCCAAGCACAAGUGUUGUCCAAGCACCAUCAACACACACACCUGCAAGAAUUGCAUCAUUUGGCCAUAAAAUGAAGGUUGCACGUGGGGAGGAACUACAGUUACCCUGCAUUGCUGUUGGUCAGCCUCCUCCACGCCGAGAGUGGUUUCAUGGUGGGAAAUCAAUACAAGAAGAUGACCAUCUCCGUAUCAAUUCUGAAUGGACACUUCUCAUUCCUGCUGUGAAAUUAAGUGAUACUGGAAAUUAUACAUGUUCAGCUGAAAAUGUGUUUGGAAAAGAUGAAAUAACUUACUUUCUUUUGGUUCAAGAGAGCAGGAACAAAGGAAUUCCCUUAGCACCAACAGACUUUGAAGUGUCAAAGUCAACAGUCUCUAGUAUUUCAUUGUCCUGGAAGUCCUCACUGUCAACCACAAAUAUGGUUCAGGGAUAUUACUUGAAUUACAAAAGGGAAUUUGGAGAAUGGGAGAAAAUAAAGUUGUCAGCAGAAGAGAAUGAUUUCACUCUCGAUGGGCUCCAGUGUGGCACUAAGUAUCAGUUCUACCUCCAAGCUUUCAACCAACUUGGUCAAAGUGCACCCUCAGAGACUAUUACCUCACAUACACGGGGCACAGCACCAAUAGCUCCAAGCAAAAGUCAUUUGAUCAGAGUCAACUCUACAUCCAUAUCAUUGAAUGUUGGAUCAUGGGGGACAGGUGGCUGCCCUAUUACAACUCUAGUUGUUGAAUACAAACCAAGGCAGCAACAUGAGUGGACACUGGUCUCUAACAACCUGAAAUACCAGCAGAUUGACUUCCCUGUGCUUGACCUCAGUCCUGAGACAUGGUACACACUUAGAAUGACAGCACAUAACAGUGCGGGAUCCACUGUAUCCAGUUACGAUUUUAUCACUCUUACAAAUUCAGGUGCCAUUGUGGAGCCAGACUUAAUAAUUCAUUCAGGUUACAAGUACAACCAUUUUUAUAAUGACCUUGGUGUCAUCAUUCCAGUAAUAACAUCUUUGGUAACAGUCAUAGUUGCUGGUAUUGGAAUAUUUCUGUAUUUUCGGAGAAAGCAAGAAUCACUUCCUGACAAUAAAUUUGUAGGCACAACAUCUGAGAAGUCAUGUGAUAUGGCUCCAACAGGGGGCACUUCUGCAUGUACUGACCAGAAAGUUUCUGGAUGUACCAUGAUGCCAAGCAGUCCCCGAAUGGCCAGUGGGGACAGAGAAGAACCACUCUACCUACCUGAACCAGUACCACCAGCUACUCCAGCAUCCACUGACACUGUAAAUCCUUAUGCGACAUUCAGGUUGCCUCCAGAUGCUGAAAACUUGCCUGCAUAUGACAACUACAGUGAUUCUGUAUACAUGAAAAUAAAGAAGAAGUCACAACAAAUCAAUGCUGAUGGAGACUGGGUACCACUCCACAGUUUGUACCAGGCCCAUAGAUACUGACAUUAGCUGCAGUUAGGACCUCCAGUGGCGAGAAAGAGUACAAACAGCUGAAAAUGUCAGCACACCAUUUCCAAAGUGCCUUUGUUCCAUAUACUUGUAUGUAGAAGAAACUGUGACAGACAGUAGGAAUUGCUGUGACAAUAAAUAUUUCCACCAGAAGACAAAGAAAGAUUGCAGCCCCUUUAUUCAAAAUGAUCUGAAUAAGGCCUGUCUUCUGUUACUAUCUGAAAUCUCAUAUCAGAUCUGGAUGACUUUACACAAAACAAAUGCAAUGCCAGGAUUAUCUUUUUAUAAGGAAUUUCAAUACUGGUACAUACAAUGAAGCUAUAGCUGUGAGCUGCAUGACAUUUGUGAAGAAGUUAAAACUGGGACUUUUUUGCAAUCAUCUACAACUAUCAUUGACUGGAAUGUGUUCAACUGCUCUCCACUCCAUGUUGCUGACCUCAGUAAACAAGAACAAAUAUUUUUGGAACUAAAUGUCAAUACAUCAGUCUGUAAUACUUCAUUGUAUUUUCACUGUACAGCAGUGACAGACUGGAAAGACAUUAAAUUUUCAGCUUAUUUGUAACUUACCUUUAAGGUCAUGUUAAGAG